AUGGGCUUCUUCGCCACGUCAAUCGGCUACUUUGCCUUUUCCGCCCUGCACCUCGUGUGCUUCGCGCUUGCGCUGGCAGUGUGUGGUUUGUACGGCCAGGACAUCAACAAUGCCCACCAGAAACAAAAAUACAGCGACUCUAAAUGGGUAUAUGCCGUCGUCGUCGGUGCAUUGUCGGCCGUGACAUGCGUCGUGUGGUUUAUUCCUGCCCUUCUCCGCCACGCGGGCGUGUUCGGGGCAAUUUGGAACUUGUUGCUGUUUAUCCUGUGGAUUACACUGUUUGGCGUCUUUGGCGCGCUCUUCAUCCACGAGAAAGCCGAGGGCGACAGCGGGAUCCAGCGCAUGAAGAACGCCGUGUGGGUAGAUCUCACCAGCGCACUUCUCUGGCUGAUCUCUGCCAUUGCCACAACUAUCUACUGGUGGAGGCACCGUGAUACCCGAUCGAUGUUUACUGGACGGGCUCGUGUUUAA